UCGUACAGACGCGCGAGACAGGCAUAAACAAAACGGAUUAAUACCCAACAACUUGACGUUACAAGUGUGCCCACUAUCAAGAGUGCCAUAAUAAUGCAGCCGAUACCAAUACGAAUACAACUCCGCAACAGUCAACAGCAAGGCGUACUGGCCGAGGAUGCCGCUUUGAAGGGUCUCCGAGAAGUAGCUGCAUGCGCAGACAACUUUGUCUCCACCCUCACACCAAGCAUCCGCCGGCUACUCCUAGGGCUGCGUGACACAUUAAUUUGCAACUCACAAGAUCGUGUACACGCGGCAUGGCAGUCAGCCUUGCGCGAACGCGCACUACGUAUCCGGCUGUGCCAGGCUUUGGGCACAACCGUCAGGCGCCUGACGCAGCGGGUGCAGAUCGCGGACGCAGAUGCCGGGGAAGAUGACUCGUUUGUGGCGCUGUUCCAUGGCUUUGUGGUCCUCAAUGCCGGGUUCUAUCGCCUGGCCGGCAACGGCGGGGCGCCGGUCCCGCCAGAGGUGCGCGCCGAGCUACUUCAACUGAUGGUAGACACGGACCUCCUGCCGGCAUUGGUGCAGCUGGCAGCAGCCGCCGCCGAGGCCCAGGCCCGGACGGCGGAGCAGCACAUUGAGACCCUGCGCGCCGCCGCCGCUGCGCGCGCCACCGCCGCUGCGCGUGGCGGCAGGCGCGCCGCCGCCGCCGCUGCAGCGCCUCAUCCCCGGCAGCCGAGGCGCACCAUGGGCAACAUGCAUGAACCCCAGGGCCGCGCGUCGGAGGCAUCGCCGUGGGGCGCCAUAUUCAGCGACUGCUGUGGUAUGAUGCUGGGCCUGGUGCAGGCGGCGGUGGAGCCAGUGGAUGCAGACGACGUGGACGCGGGCGCGGGCGUGGCUGGCAGCGGCAGCGGGCUGCGGCGGGUGGCGGCGGGCGUGCGUGCGGCGGUGGAUCGGAGCGGUCUGCUGGGCUGUCUGGCGCGCUGCGUGCUGCGGAUGGUGGCCGCAGCCGCACAGGUUGAGGCUGCGGAGGAGGAGCUGAGAGCGGCAGAGGCGGCAGGGGCUGCUGCAGCGGGGGCUGCUGCUGCGGGCAGCAGCAGCAGCAGCAGCAGCAGCGCUGGCCGUGCUGCCGCCGGUCGCCCCGCGGCUGGCGGCGGCGGCGGCGGCGGCGGCGGCUCUGUUCGUGCAGCUGCUGCCUCGGUCUCGGCGGCCGCAGCCGGCGCCGUCGCGGGGUCACCGCCAUCGCCUUCAGCAGCUUCUGAAGCCUCACGGCCUGACGCGAGCACGCAGCAGCAGCAGGCGCUGCAGGACCACAUGCACAACGUGAUGGUCGUUGUGCGGGCGCUGUGGGCCGCCCACGAGCUCAGCGCCAAGCAGGUCAACGCUGCCGCCGUCGCUGCGGCCCCCACUGCCGGCACGGCCGCCGGCGCCGAAGCUCCUGGCUCCGCGGCCGCUGUUGCUGCUACUGCUGCUGCUGCUACUGCUGUUGCUGCUACUGCUGCUGCUGCUACUGCUGUUGCUGCUACUGCUGUUGCUGCUACUGCUGCUGCUGCGGACAGCCGCCAACACGCACUGGAGGUGGUUGGCUGGCUGGAGCGGCAGCUGUUCGACCCGGCCGUACAACACCUCCUGCUGCUGCACGUGGUGGCACAGGUGUCAGCGGCGGACGGCGGGGGCACGUACGGCCUCGCGCCCUGGCAGCGCCCACCCGCAGUUUUGCGCCUGCGGAGACUUGACAGCUCACACGACUUGGGCGGCGGUCCUGCGCCCAGCAGUCGCCAGGCCACCGCGGCGGGGCGGCCUGGAGGCGGUGCCGCGGGCGGCGCCGGCGGCGGCGGAGGAGGAGGCGGUAGCGGGGCAGGCGGAGGCACCGGCGGCGGAGGAGGAGGAGGAGGAGGCGGGGGCGGGAGUAGCACCUCCGCCGCCGCAGGAGGUAGCGUGCUGCUGCUGCAUGGAAAGGCGUCGCUGGACGCGUUGGGCAUGUGGCUGUUGGCAGCCGGCGGCCCUCCGCCGGAGCCCGCCGCAGGGACGGUGCUCGUGCCCUCUACUGCUGCGGGGACGGUAGGAGCGCCCGCUACUGCCGACGCCGCGGCUCGUGGCAGCAGCGGGUCGGGUGUGGGUCAGCGGCAGCAGCAGCAGCAGCAGCAGCCUGAGGCGGGGCUGCUACUGCCGCCGGGCUGGCCGCCGGGCUCCCCCUGGCAGCCGGGGAGCGGCGCGUUGGGUGAGGGCGUGUUGGGCAGCGGCGGCUGUAGCGGGCGGUUGCGGCGGCCGGCGCUGCCGGUGGCGGGCUUUGAGUUGCUGCUGCGGCGACUGGUGGAGACUUGCCUAGCCAGUCUGACGCCGGGCCUCGUCUACAGCCGCGAACUUUAUACGGGCGGCGGCGCCGCCGCGGCCGAGGCGGCGGCGUUCCGUGCUCAGCAGGAGGUACCGCGGGCAGGGCAGCAGCAGCAGCAGCAGCAGCAGCAGCAGCAGGGGCCGUCGACAGGGCUGGCAUCCUUCGUGCCGCGGGGCUGUCUCCUGCAGGCCGCUACGGCGCUGCUGCUGGCGCUCAGCAAUCGGCAGGCGCAGGCGCAGGCGAAGCAGCGACAGUGGCAGCUGCGGCGGCGGGAGCAGGCCACGGCCUUCGCGACGCCAGCGGUGGCCGAUACCGUAGGGUCCGGCUCCGCCGCUGCUACUGCCGGAGGUGCCGGCAGUGCAGAUGGAGCUGCUACUGCCGGAGGUGCCGGCAGUGCAGAUGGAGCUGCUACUGCUGGAGGUGCCGGCAGCGCUGAUGGAGCUGCUACUGCCGGAGGUGCCGGCAGCGCUGACGGAGCUGCUACUGCCGGAGGUGCCGGCAGCGCUGACGCAGCUGCUACUGCCGGAGGUGCCGGCAGCGCUGAUGGAGCUGCUACUGCUGGAGGUCCCGGCAGCGCUGAUGGAGCUGCUACUGCCGGAGGUCCCGGCAGCGCUGACGGAGCUGCUACUGCCGGAGGUGCCGGCAGCGCUGACGGAGCUGCUACUGCUGACGGCGACGGCCCGCAGGGCGACGUUCGCGCUCUGUGGCGGCCAACUGCACGGGUGGCGCAGGCGUGUGUGGAGGUGGCUGAGGCGUGCGGCAUCGACCUGGGAGAUUGCGGACUGGACUUCGCCAUGGGGCCUCCGCCUGUGUACGUGGAGGCGGCGGUGGUGCUGCCGGCCCUGGAGCGGCUGAUGUCGCCUUGUGGCGGGCUGCGCAUGCCGCCGCUGCCGGCCGGACAUAGCGGCCUGUUCACACUGCUGCCGACGCCGCCGCCGGGCCAGGCGGCCGCGCUGGCCUCCGGCUACCUCCCAGCCCUGGAGCGGCUGCUGCGGGCGCUGCACCGAACCCGGGGCAGUCCGCGGGAGCAGUGCCACGUCCUGCUGGGCGGCUUUGGUCUGUACGUCAGCACCUGCCGCCACUUCGGGCCGAUGUGGGCGGCGGCUUUUGCGUACGGCAGGCCGGCGGAGGUGGCGUCGCUGGCGGCCACCUCGGCGCAGCUGCUGCGGCUUAUGGCUCCCAGCGUGGCGCGGGUGGUGUUGCAAGGGAACGGCAUGCCGAGGUGCCUGGGCAGCAUGCACGGCACGCCAGGCGAGCUGGCCAUGCGGCGCUCGCUGCUGCGCGGUCCCAACCUGCUGCAGGGCCUGCUGCGCUGGCUGGCGGACGCGGCAGCAGCAGCAGCAGCAGCAGCUGCUGACGGUGCCGGCUCCGGAGGCGCUGCGGGCGUAGACGCGGCUGCCGUCGCCGCCGAGUUGACCAUAGCAGCGGCGGCGGCGGGGGCGGGGGUGGGGAGGUGCUGGUGGCAGCAGCGGUGGUGCCGGAUGCUGGGAAUGGGGGACGCCGCCGCGAGGCCAGGCGCUGCGAGCAGCAGCAGCGGUGACGCCGCUGGCUUGGGCACAGGUGCCAGUGCCGCUGCGCCAGUGGCACCAGCACCAGCGCCAGCACCAGCACCAGCGCCAGCACCAGCGCCAGCGCCAGCACCAGCACCAGCACCAAUGCCAGCACCAAUGCCAGCACCAAUGCCAGCGCCAGCGGCGGCGGAGUUUGACUGGGGCCUGUCGCGGCCGGCGGUGCAAUCGCUGUCGCUGGCCAGUUUCACGCUGCGCCGCUGGCUGCAGGCGUUGGGCGCCGUGGCCACACACCUGUGCGACGCCGCAAGCGAGCUGCUCGUCUUCUGGGUCGCGCACGAUGCACAUGGCGGGCAGGACAUCUCUGAAACGGACUUGAAGGCGCUGCGCAUGUUGCUUGAGCCGCCGACAGGCGAGCAAGGGGGGCGUGAUAAUGACUUGCCGAAUGCGGGAAACCAGACGCGUACCGCACUGGCCGCAGCGAGGCAUGUGUUUCAGGCGGCUGCGCCCGCGCUGCACGCCUACGCCGCGUGUGCGGAGUUCGCGGAGGCAGCAAGGGCGCGGGAGUUGGAGGCGGCGGCAUCAGCGGCGGCGGCGGCGACGGCAGCGGCGACGACGCCCGGUGCUAGCAGCGGCCGCGGUAGCAAUGGUGGCGGUGAUGGCUGUGGUCGUGGUGGUGGCGGUGAUGGCGGGGAUGGUGAUGAAGGUGGUGGGGCCGAGGCCUGGGCGGCGGGGGCCGCGAGGGCUGCGGGCGUGGUCGCACGAGAGGCGGCUGAGGCGGCGGCGGCGUGGCGGGCGCUGCUGCUGGAGGUGCUGCCGGCCUGCAUCACGUCAUGCGCACAGCUGUUGGGUGCGGCGCGCGGCCGGGCGGCCGAGCUAGGAGCCACGCGGGCGGAUGCGCACGGCGCGGCGGCGGCGCUGCUGCACCUGACCGCCGCCCUGCCGCAGGAGGCCGCCGCGCGGCUGGGCAGGCAGCCGGGGGUGGCGGCGUCGGCGGGAGGGGCGGGAGGCGCGGGAGGGGUGGGAGGGGCGGGAGGGGCGGGAGGGGCAGGCAGCCCCCAGGGGCUCCCCGCAACGGUGCCCGAGGUGCUGCGGUCGCUUGUGGCGCAGGGUCUGGGCAAAGAUGGCGGCGGAGGUGAAGGGGGAGGUGGAAGAGAAGGUGAAGGCGGCAGCGGCGAAGGGGCGCAAGAGCAGCAGCAGCAGCAGCGGCAGCACCAGCAGCAGGAGCAGGUGGCGGCGGCGGUGCUGGCGCGCGGGCUCGAGGUAGCUCAUGCCGUCCUGGCGCGGGGCGGGCGGCUACAGCCCGGGGAGCGGGAGGCCAUGAUGGCUGCGUGUGGGAGCGGCGGCUGUGGCGGCUGUGACGUCAGCAGCAGCAGCAGCAGCAGCAUGCUGGGGAGCAUCGCCGCGCCCGGGCCUGAGCGCUUGCCCUGCACACCUGGCACUGGCGUUGGCGGUGGUGGCAGCGGCAGCCCUGGUGGUGCCGACUGGGUGGUCGGUGGUGGGGGCGGCGGCGACUGGGCACGCCGUGUGGGUGCUCUGCUGCCGCCGCCAGCCCUGGCGACUGAGCUGCUUGGGCUGGCGGCGCUGGCGCCCGCGCUGGAGGGCUGCAGCAACCCCGCGUGUUUGCGCAUGCCCGGCGGCAGUGCGGCGGCGGCGCCGGUGCUGCGCUGCGGUGGGCUGUGCGGCGGCGCGGUGUCGUACUGCUGUCGGGGGUGCCAUGCGGAGCACUGGAGGGCGGGGCACAAGGAGGCGUGCGGCAAGAAGUAGGGAAGGGCAGUGGGGGGCGUGCGGAGCGGGGCGCGUGGGCGUGCGGACGGUGGGCUGUGUUAGCAGAACGCUGCCAACAAGACAGAAUAUGGCGCCCUGGAGGAGUGCCCGCGCCUAUGGCAGCCGCGCGCAGGAGAGUUGUGCGGGCACAGGCGUGGCAGUGUUGCCGUGUGACCGCUGUACUGCUAAACUGCUGCGCUGCUGCGCUGCUGCAUUGCUGCACUGCUGCACUGCUGCAUUGCUGUAUUGCUGUGCCGUAUCGUGUGCUGAGAUCUCGGGCAGCGCCUGCUGCAGCAUGCCGCCUCAGACCGGGGUCGCGUCCGCCCGUGAGUUUUAAUGGGAUAGUGAGGUGACUAGGUGGGUGUGCGAUGGGACAGUGUUAAGGCAGGUUGGUGAAGUCCCGCAGGGUGUAGCUGAUUCCCAGACCCCAGAAGAUGGCAAACGAUUUGCAACGGCAGGGCAGGAGGGCGCGGCUGGUCGAACGCCGGAGUUACUAGGUGGGUGGCAGCAUCCCGCCAGGGAGCGUGGCAGCGUGGCAGCAGUGCAUAGCGGUGCACCAGUGUCGAUGUGCUGGUGUCACGACCACCCGGUGUGUGCCCAGCUCGCCGGCCGUGUAGCCGGGCGGCAGCCGCGGCAUUGGCACGAACCAACCGCCAUCCCCAGGGCAUGGCCAAUUCCUGCUCUUCCAGCGGAUCGCAACGCCCGUAUGUGCGAUGGGACAGUGUCAAGGCAGGUUGGUAAAGUACUGUACACCGGUACUCGGUAGUUACCGUACAUCAGUCCUACGUGUCCUAAGUGGCGCAAUGCCGCAGUGGCGCAGUGCGUCGACGUGACAGGCCAAGGCUGGGAGUCCCCAUGUCCCACCACGCAAACUCGUAUGGUACGGGCUGCUCCCUUGGAUUUCUAGUACGGUACAAGCAAGAGCAGAGGGUGGUGACUGGUGAGAAGCAUAUGGUAGUCCCAUAUGGGCUGUUCGGGACUGCUGGCAUAGCGACGCAGGGUCAAGUGAGCGCUCUAGUAAGAAUGCGGAUGUUACAGAGGGGACAGUCCCGGCUCCAGUAAGGGGUGCACCGGAGCGUGUACCGCAGUGUGUAGGGUAAUUGAAAUCUGGCGGGCGGGUGUAUCGGACGCAAAGCCAGAAAAGAUAAAUUUCCCGCAACUGAUCGCAACUUAACGGCCGGGCGUCGGCUGUUCGACGAGCAGCUCAAGCAGUUCCGCGUACUGUGUUGCGUUUUUUCAUGCACGUCGAUAACUUAU